CUUCAGGAAGGUACAUGUUCCUUUGGUACCCAGGUGGGGUUGUUUGAGUCAGAUCCAUCCAUCCAUCUCGAAGUCACUUGCACUCGCAACCGGGCACAACAGACCUGGUCUAGACAUAGGUAUCUUGGUUAAAAAAUAGCGCUGAGCGAACUCUGGGUCGAUCAAGGAAGACGAAUACCGACCAGGCGUGCUGGGACUGAGAUUUUUCAAGGUUUGCCGCUUAGUUCUCGACACCAGGGCAGUUACUCUUGCAUCAUGGCCAACUCAAAAUACGAAUAUGUCAAGCUGUUCGAGCAGCCCGACCAGCUGCUUCCCAAUACCUGGGUCGUGGUUCGGAUCGAUGGCCGCGGCUUUACCAAAUUCGCAAACAAGUACAACUUCGAGAAGCCCAACGACAAGCGGGCUCUGGAUCUCAUGAACGCUGCUGCGAGGCAGGUUCUGAUUGAACUGCCCGACAUUACCAUCGCAUAUGGCGUGAGUGACGAGUACAGCUUCGUUCUCCACAAAACAUGCACCCUCUUUGAGCGUCGCGCAAGCAAGCUGGUCUCGACUGUCGUGUCGACCUUCACGGCAUACUACAUCUUCCUCUGGUCGACGUACUUUCCCGAGACGCCCCUCACAGCGCCCCUGCCCAGCUUUGACAGCCGAGCCGUGUGCUAUCCCAGCCUGCAGAACCUGCGAGACUAUAUGAGCUGGCGUCAAGUUGACUGCCAUAUCAACAAUCUGUACAACACCACGUUCUGGGCCCUCAUCCAGCUCGGGGGCAUGAGUUCCACCGAGGCAGGGGAAAAGCUCAGCGUCAGUCUCCGCAGCAAUGGCAAUGGAUUCUCGAAAGACAAGAACGAGCUGCUCUACUCACAGUUUAGCAUCAACUACAACAACGAGCCCGAGAUAUACAAGAAAGGCAGCGUGGUAUCUAGAGACUACGAGCUCGUGGAACCAGGAACCCACAACACGGCGAGCGAGGGCGAGAGCAUGGCCGAGCUGGCCGCGCAGCCGCAAUCCAAGACGCAGGCCGAGAACGACGGGAAGAGACGGACAAAGGCGCGGGUCGUGAUCGAGCACCUCGACAUCAUUAGAGACGACUUCUGGGACAGGCGGCCCUGGCUGCUAUCCAACAAGCCCGGCAAGAUCCCCAAGGAGCCAUGACGGGGGUGCGUGGUGGUGGGUGCGAGAGAGAACUAGGUUUGUGGCGCGCGACAAAUGCCGCCACCGUUUCGCUGCGGAAGUGCGUGGUUGAGUUAUGAUCCUGCCGCAGUCGCGUUGGGUUGUUAGGUCUUCGUUCUCUUGGUCUAUCUUUCUCUCAUUCGGGAGACGAUAUCCUCAUGGUGGAUGCG